GUGAGCGUGAUCUUGUGGACAUUAUAAAUACAUUCGCAAAUGCCUACACAGAGCAGAGACUACACAGAGGUCUUACAAGCAGCUCGAAUACCUGAAACGAUGCGACUCAGCCUGGUCCUGCUCCUGGCGGCGGCGUCCCUGGCCCUCGCCCUCCCCGGCAUGGGCUACGGCGGGGGCGGCGGCAAGGGCGGCGGCGGCGGCGGGAGGCCCAAGAGGGUCCGCGUCGUCCAGAUCCCCAUGAGCGUCCCCGUCUACCACCACGCCUACCACCACUUCAUCGUCCAGGGCGGAGGCGGAGGAGGAGGUGGUGGUGGAUACGGAGGAGGAGGAGGACACGGAGGAGGAGGUGGACACGGCGGCGGAGGCGGAGGAGGAACGCUGAACAUCGUCGUUGAGUCAGCCGAUGGGACUUACUCAGACGGUACACCUUUUGUCGUCUCGGGGCCUGCGAACAGCGGUGGACACGUCCCUGUUUCCAGUUCUUAUGGCGGUUACCAUUAGCUCGGAUGACCGGGCCUCUCGCCUUGUUUUGCUGUUAUUGUUGCUUCUUCCUCAUUGAGUGUUUAUAUGACAAAUGUGAAUAAAAUCUAUUUUCUAAGAAAA